ACAAAAACAAAACAGAAUUGACAGCAGAACUACAUUCCAGAAAUGUUUUUAUUUAAAAACAAAAUCAAAACAAAACAACAGAACUGACAGCAGAACUAGAACAUUGACAGAGUUCCAGUCCUUUUCCACACAAACCUCUGGAGAGUUUUCAAGAGAAGUAUACGAACAAGUCAUUGAGAAAAUGUUCAGAUCCAUUUUUGGACUAAAAUUCUUUGCAAGACCUCGGUCUUCGAAGGAGUACAAACGAAGGAGUUAGAGACCUUCGUCUCCUGAAGACCUCAACCCUCUCACCAUCUGGAGGGAGCACGGACGAAGGGGUGAGAGACCUUCGUCUAGUGGAGGCACCAACCCUUCUACCAUCAUGAAGGAGCGCAGGCAAAGGGGUGAGGGCCCUUUGUCUUGUGCAGAAAACCAGCCCUCUAUCACCAGGCAGCAAGAACGAAGGGAUGUGAGCUCUUUGUUCAUCGUAGGCAACAACCCUUCUACCAUCAUGAAGGAGCGCAGGAAAAGGGGUGAGAGCCCAUUGUCUUGUACAGAACACAAGCCCUCUACCACCAGGCAGCAAGAACGAAGGGACGUGAGCUCUCUGUUCCUCGUAGGCAGCAACCCUUCUACCAUCAAGAAGGACCGCAGGCAAAGGGGUGAAGGCCCAUUGUCUUGUGCAGAAAACCAGCCCUCUAUCACCAGGCAGCAAGAACGAAGGGAUGUGAGCUCUUUGUUCCUCGUAGGCAACAACCCUUCUACCAUCAUGAAGGAGCGCAGGCAAAGGGGUGAGAGCCCUUUGUCUAGUGCAGAAAACAAGCCCUCUACCACCAGGCAGCAAGGACCAAAAGAUGUGAGCUCUCUGUUCUUCGUAGGCAACAAUCCUUCUACUAUCAUGAAGGAGCGCAGGCAAAGAGGUGAGAGCCCUUCCUCUUCAUCCUCUGAAGACGACGAGCCUUCUACCACAAGUAGGCAGCAAAAAAGAAGGGGGGAGAGCCCUUCAUCUUCAUCUUCUGAAGACGACGAGCCUUCUACCACAAGUAGGCAGCAAAAAAGAAGGGGGGAGAGCCCUUCAUCUUCAUCUUCUGAAGACGACGAGCCUUCUACCACAAGUAGGCAGCAAAAAAGAAGGGGGGAGAGCCCUUCAUCUUCAUCUUCUGAAGACAACCAGCCUUCUUCUCCAAGGAGGCAGCAAGAAAAAAGAGUUGAGAGCCCUUUGUCUUCAUCUUCUGAAGACGACGAGCCUUCUACCACAAGUAGGCAGCAAAAAAGAAGAGGGGAGAGCCCUUCAUCUUCAUCUUCUGAAGACGACGAGCCUUCUACCACAAGUAGGCAGCAAAAAAGAAGGGGGGAGAGCCCUUCAUCUUCAUCUUCUGAAGACGACGAGCCUUCUACCACAAGUAGACAGCAAAAAAGAAGGGGGGAGAGCCCUUCAUCUUCAUCUUCUGAAGACGACGAGCCUUCUACCACAAGUAGACAGCAAAAAAGAAGGGGGGAGAGCCAUUCAUUUUCUGAAGACGACGAGCUUUCUACCACAAGGAAGCAGCAAGAAAAAAGGGGUGAGAGCCCUUCAUCUUUAUCUUCUGAAGACGAUGAGCCUUCAACCACAAGCAGGCAGCAAGAACAAAGCAGUAAGAGGCCUUUGUCUUUCGCAGACAUCAACCUUGCUACCACCUUGAGGCAGGACGGACGAAGGGGCGGCAGCCCUUCCUCUUCCUCUUCUGUAGACGACAAGCCUUCUACCACAAGAAGGCAGCAAAAAAGAAGGGCAAAGAGACCUUUGACUUUAUCGCCUGAAGACGACAAGCCUCCUACCACAAGGAGGCAGCAAAAAAGAAGGGCAAAGAGACCUUUGACUUUAUCGCCUGAAGACGACAAGCCUCCUACCACAAGGAGGCAGCGAAAAAGAAGGGUUAUAAGCCCUUCGUCAUCAUCUUCUGAAGAUGACGAGCCUUCUACCACAAGGAGGCAGCAAGAAAGAAGAAGGGCGAGAGAGAGGAUAGGGGAUGCAAGGAAAAAUGAGGAGGCUGAAAGACAGGAGAAAGAAAAAUGGGAGAGAAAAAUACGGGAGUAUGACGAGCAAUAUAGACAGCUGUGUGCGAGAGAGAGGAAGCAGGUUGAAAGGGAAAAGGAGGAGAAAGAAAGACAGGAGCAGGAGAAGAGAGAGAGGAAGGAGAGAGAGAUCACUGAAAGAGAAAAGCAGCGUUUGGAGGAGAAGUGGUUAAAAAGAGAAACGGAAAGGUGUGAAAAGAUAGAGAGAAAGAACCAGGAGAAGGAGAGGAAAACCUUUAGUCUGCAUUCAAGAAUAUACAUUUGGUGGCUCAGUUGCCAGAUAGAGCGCUUUGCCAGUGGAAUCACAUCAACCGUUGUGGCUGAGCGCUACCUCCUGCGUCAUGGUCCCCUCAGAAAUCCAAGGAUGAUGGCAGAAAAAAAAAGGCUGCUUGACCGAAGGAGGGAGCUGGUUGUGUCCAAAUGCAGACUAGAAUAUAAGGUGGCGAGGGAAGUGACGAAGCAAAUACUGAAGAUAGAGAGGAAGAAAAAAAAGGUGAAGGAAAUGGAUACUAUCUCUGAGGUAUGCCGCAUCUCAGAAAGCCCUGAUAUGUUAAAUCUUCGCUACAGGCCAAUGCCGGUCAGGUCACGCACACCCAGACUUGAUACAUAUAUCAUGCAGAUGCGCCGAUACCGUUUGUGCCUCGGAGCUCGAGCACCCACGGAGGAAAACAUAAAUCGGCGCCUAUGAUAUUAUGUAAGAGAAAAGGAGAACAAUUAGAAAAAUGUCAUCAAAUAGAGAGAGGUAAUUGAGGGAGAGGCAAACAUUUCAGAUUUGACAAAACCAAAGUAAAGAAAAGUAAAAUAUUCUUUUAAAACAUUAGCAACCAACAUUCAAUAUCCUUGUAACCACUUGAUGAUGUCUUUGAUUAAAUUAUACAGUCAAAAAGCACUGCGCAAAUAACAGUAUCCGAACCUAAUGCCACCUGACCCAAUCUAAUUGAUCCUAAACUAGCCUAACUUAACCAAGGUUAGCCCAACACCUAUCCUAUGCUAGCCUAAUUUAGUUUAGGUUAGGUUCUGUCAGAGUCCUUAUUUACCAUAACCUAUUCUAACCAAACCUAACUUUAUUUAAAUCUAAGAAGGAGAGAUACUAAGGGAGAAGACAGA